UGUCGCUGUUGCGUUUCGAAAAGUUAAUAAUUAUCAAAAAUUUUUGAAAGGUUUGAAUUAAAAUAUGUCGGGCUGUUUAUUGCGGGUUUUAUCGCAAAAUGUUAGCUGUGACACGCAUAGCGUGAAGUUAACGUCAUCAUUGGGCGACGAAUUUUCCUUCGAGAAUCGUAUAAAAGUCACGAUUGACAACUUGGCCAAACUAAAGGCUGAUGUGAUAGCGUUAAAUGAGAUUAGAAUAAAAGAAAAAGUCGAAUUCACAAAGCAACUAUUAGAAAAUAAAGGAUUUUCCGUUUUCUUGUUCUGGAACAAUGAAAAUGACAUGUCAUUCCGGAACAUUAUUGCAAUAUCAAAACAAUCGAAAUGGAACCAGACAAAAUGGGAGCACAAAUGGGUGUCAGUAAAUGAACAGAACCAACCAUGUUUAUCAAAUGUUUUUUCAACUAUACAAGGUGAUCAACAUGGACGAUGUGUUGGAAUUGUAUAUUUACAACAUAAAGAUACUAAAAAGCAGGUGUGUGUUGCCGUAUCCCAUGUUGUACCAUUUGGUGAGGUGAAAUACCUGCAGCAGAAAGCUCUUAUGUCACUCAACAUUGAUAACCAUAAGCUUGACCCACCAGUGUCAACUAUUAUUGCUGGAGAUCUAAAUCGAUUUGAUGAAGACAAGGAAAUAUUUCAACAGCAGAUAAAAAACUUUAAACUACAAGAGCUACAGUUUUCAAAACUUGUAAUAAAACAUUCACAGAAUAAUUUAAUUAGAACAAAUAAGGAUGUUGGUACAUUCAACCCAUGGCCUGUGGACAAGAUGCUUUAUGAAGAUAAGUCUUACAUGGCUCAACCCAUGUCAUACUCAAAGUUGGACCUUCAAGUCUGUAGUAAUGAUAUGACAAUAAAACAGGCAGAGGUCCAUGCAUCAAUGUUAAAGCCUCCUAACUUAACUGAGCCAUCACCUGGUGUCAACGAAGUAAGACAUAUACUGGACAAAGUCAUGUCUUCAGACCACUUAGCUGUAUUAGGAGAAUAUGAGAUCUAACUAAAUUAUGGAAAUGAUAUUAAUUUGAACCAAUCAAGAUAGCAGUAACUUAUUUGACUGAAUCAAAUGCUGCAUAUUAUUUACCCUUCACUGUUUUUCAAAAACACUUGUUCAAUCUAAUGAUAUUCUAUUCUAUAUGGGGGUCCUUUGGCAAACAUAGAUUUCCCCUAAUUCAUGUAAAGUCUCUUUUUUCUGAUGCUUCUUGAUUCCAUAUCAUGUUAUGCUGCGUUUUUUUACGAUUAGUUGGUUAUUUUAUGCAAAUAAUUGUUUUUAAUUUUGUUUAAACUGAUAAAAUAUAAAACAGAUUAUGAUAAAUAGACAUUUGUUUUCUUAACACUUGUUAUGCAAAGUAUAAAGAAAAUCUAUGCUAUAAAAUCUCAUUACCU